AUGACGCAAGAAAAUGGAAGCAGUAAUGGAGUGGCGCAGUCAAACGGGAAAAGAAGGAAACUACAUGGGCGCGCAUUCUAUGAGAGUAUCGGCAGUCCGAAGUUGGUGCUUGCGCCCAUGGUCGAACAGUCUGAGUUCGCAUGGCGACUACUCUCGCGCUCGUUCCUUCCCGAAUCCCAACAGAAAGACCUCCUAGCAUAUACUCCAAUGUUCCACUCGAAGAUGUUCGGCGAGAAGAGCAACUACCGUGAUGCGCACUUCCAACCCCUCAAGUCGACCAUCCCUUCACCCAGCGACGACUACCACCUCUCACAACUACCUGAGUCGGACAGACAUCUCGACGGCAAUCCUGCGUUCGACAGACCCCUUACCGUACAAUUCUGCUCAAACGAUCCCGAAGACUUUUUGCGCGCGGCAAAACACGUCGCACCUUUCUGCGAUGCGGUAGACCUGAAUUUGGGAUGUCCACAAGGAAUCGCGAAGAGGGGGAAAUACGGUGCAUUCUUGCAGGAAGACUGGGAUCUGAUAUCCAGGAUGAUCCGCAAACUACACGAGGAGUUGGACGUUCCUGUCACAGCGAAGAUGAGGGUGCUGGAGACACCAGAGAAGACACUCGCAUACGCAAAGACAUUGCUAGAUGCAGGCGCAAGCAUCAUUACAGUGCACGGCCGACGCCGAGAACAGAAAGGUCAUAACACAGGACUAGCAGACUGGAAGAUGAUCCGCCAUCUGCGCGAGAACCUCCCUAAGGAAACUGUCAUCUUCGCCAACGGCAACAUCCUCCAACAUGAAGACAUCGCAGCGUGUCUAGAAGCCACAGGCGCAGACGGCGUUAUGAGCGCAGAAGGAAACCUCUACGAUCCCACCAUCUUCGCUGCACCACCGCCACCCGGUCAGGAAGGACGAGAAUACUGGCGUGGACGCGAUGGAAAAGGUGGGUAUAGGAUGGACGCUGUGAUGAGACGGUAUAUGGACAUCAUCCAUAAAUAUGCGCUCGGUCAGGAACCGCCACAACGGGAACCCCUUUGGAUGCCUGGCGACCCCGAAAUUGAAGAGCCAUCGAAGCAAUCGGAAGAAACAGCAAAGCCUAGCUCGAACACGGAUGCAGCAGAAAACGGCAAAAGACCAGUCGAACAGGGGGAAAGUCCACCAAAGAAGAAACAGAAACCGUUGUCUAAAGCUGCGAAGAAGAAGGAAGCCAGCAACCCUAAUCUCACGGCUAUGCAAGCUCAUCUGUUUCAUCUACUGCGUCCACUCGUUUCUCAACAUCACAAUGUACGAGAUGCACUGGCACGAUCGAGGACUGGCGAUAUCGAUGCGUUUGAGAAUGUACUGAGUUUGGUUGAGAAGGCUGUUAAAGAGGGGAUUCAGAAGUAUGAGGAGGAGCACGCUAAUGACGCUGCUACGGAACCCCAGCUCGCUGCACCUUUCAAGGUACAAGAGGCUGGGAAUGGAGAGCAGGAGUUGGAUCCAUAUGAGAGUUCUCUCGCGACUGUUGCGCGUGUCAAGAGGCCGUAUUGGGUGUGUCAGCCGUAUGUUAGACCGCUGCCUAAAGAGGCGUUGGAGAAGGGGAGUAUGACUAUUAGUAAGAAGGAGAGGAAGAGGUUGGAGGAAGAGGCUGAGAGGAAAGCAAAGGAGGAAGCUGAGAAGGGGGAGAAUGAGGAGGAAUUGGCUAAAAGUGUGGGACUACAGCCCGGGGGAAGGGUUGAGGAGAGGGUUGUGGGCGAGGAGGGUGAUAAGAAGGAGGUUGUUGAGGAACCUAGGGAUGGUAUGGUUUGUGGCUGA